GAACCGUGUGUCAAAACACAGAGUGAAAUCAGCAGCAGGCAACGCAACAUCUCACCUCGAUUUACGCUUUAGCUCCUUUAUUUGGGGGGAAGUAUUUGUUGACACAAAGUGGUUUUCAUUUACAUCUGCGUACCAUGACCGAACAAUCAGCAUUACUUCUUCGAAAACAACUCGCAGAGCUCAACAAGAACCCCGUAGAGGGCUUUUCAGCUGGUCUGAUAGAUGAUGAUGACAUUUAUAAAUGGGAAGUUGUGAUCAUUGGUCCACAAGAUACCCUUUUUGAGGGAGGAUUUUUCAAAGCGUACCUAACUUUUCCCUAUGAUUAUCCACUACGGCCUCCAAAGAUGAAGUUCAUCACCGAAAUCUGGCACCCAAAUGUUGCAAAGAACGGAGAUGUUUGCAUCUCAAUCCUGCACGAGCCCGGAGAAGACAAGUUUGGUUAUGAAAAGCCAGAGGAGCGCUGGCUUCCCAUCCACACGGUAGAGACAAUCAUGAUUAGUGUUAUCUCCAUGCUGGCAGACCCCAACAGCGACUCCCCAGCUAACGUGGAUGCGGCAAAAGAGUGGAGGGAGGAUCCUAACGGGGAAUUCAAGAGGAAGGUGGCUCGCUGCGUAAGAAAAAGUCAAGAGAUGGCUUUCGAUUAGGAGUCAGUUGUAAAUUCCAGGUUAAAGGAAAUGCCUUUAGAGGGAAGAUUUCAGCAAAAGGCUUUUGCACCCCUUGUUUUGCCAGUCAAAGGAAUCUGUUGGCCUCAACCACGUUUCUGUGAACGGUUGUCGUUUUCCACAAGUUGAGCCAAUUUGAGAACCGUACCAGCGAAAUUAACCCGUUUCCUCCCUGGAAUUGUAUAUUUAAUUUUAUUUAUUUUGAAAAAAUUAAUGAUGUAAGAUAUGUCACUACUGUAAAUGAACUUGCUUUUUUUUAUCUGCUGCUGAACAGUUUCUACUUUAUACCAGGUUUCUUAUGCAAUUUAGUGGUGAAGAUUGUGUAAAACGAAACAGCUGUUACCGUUGGGUCAUCACUUGUCCUCCCGACUGAACACCAGAUUAAUGUCAGCCCAACAAAUCUCUGUCGAUAACAUGUGAAUAUGUUCAACACUGUCAUUUAAUCACUGCUGCCUUUUGUUGGCUUCACCUCCUCAGAGUCCGCUUGUUGUUUAGAGGGACAGGUUGAGAACUCUUAGAGCGUUUUUCAUACAGUAUUUAUAUUCUGAGAAGAGACCUUCUGCUAGCAUUUCCUCAUCAUGCUGAUGCACGUCUAAGAGAUAUAAAACCACGACUCCCAAAUCUGCAUGAUCCCCUCAAACAGCGCUGUCGUGUUUUGUCGCUAUCUGUAGAUGUAAAUGGAAUGGCCUACUGGAUGAUAUAAGAGUGGUGGCUUUAUAACAUAUUGACUGGUGCAUGCGUAGCUAAUGGUAACAGAAGGUUUGUGCCAACUUCUCAGGAUGAAACCAUUCUACUAAAUUAGGGUCUUGAUUAGCAGUCGGUACUGUAAACCUCUAAUAUUCCUGAGCCUUUCCUUUAAACAAGUGGCCCUCGUGGUCAAUGGCGAUAUCUAUUAAUCAUCACCCAGUCUGGUGUCUUUUCACAACGUCAAUAUAAAUCACGAAUGACCAAAAUCAGCCCACGUGUGUAAUGGAUCACCGGCAUCUGAGCGCAGCUAAAUUUAAACGGUUAAUUAAUUUGACGGGGAUUAUGGUCGUUAGAGGUCUUCGUCUCUAAACAUGUUUAUUUCGGGGCGCCAUGGUAGAGUUGGGCCAUCCGUUCUUACAUUCGGCUUUUGAUCACUGUCUAAAGGAGGCUGUAUGUCACAGGACUGUGGGUAGAUUGUUGAGUAAAGCUUUUUAAUUCUAUGAUCGUCUUGAGUUCUGAUUGUUUCAAACCUAGAUAAUAUUUAUCACCCAUUACUUAAUGAUUGAAUUUGGGUUGGAAUUCUUGAUAGAGACUUGAAGUGGACUCGCCAGUUAGUAGAGUAUAAAUAAGUGUUCUGAUGAAAAAACGAACACAAUCCUGCAUCUAGGUUUUAUUUUUUGAUAAAUAAUACACACCGUCGUGUUUGGGUGGAGUCUGGAAACCAUCUGCUUAAUUUGUUCACUUUCCUCGGUGGUGUUGCUGACCGUUAAAGCCAUUAUGACAUCUAUUCUGAAUUAUGUUAUACAUGAUUAUGGUCUGUGACUGACAUUGAAAAAUGGCUAACCAUCUUUUGGCGCAUGCAAUCAGGUUCGAAGGAGUCGGGUACGUUUCGAUACGAUACCAUUUGUUAGUACAUUCUGGGUGAAUGUGAUGUGUACAGUUAGUAGGUGUCUGUAGACUUUAUGAUCACAUGACUGCUGUUGACAUUACCUUUAAAGUCAGAAUUUUCUAACCUACCAUGACCUCCUCUGACCGGUGUUCACUGUAUUUGCACAGAUUCGGUGCGUUUGAAAUGUCAUGAAGCAAUACGCUCUGAAAAUGGUGUGUCCAGGUAAUCCACCCUAACGCCAUUAUUUGGUUGUUUUUGUUCCUCAUUUUUUGUGUCAAUGCAAUGUAUAUUGGACAUGAUGCUCAAUAAAGUGUGUAAACCGA